AUGCGACUUCUUCUUCUUCUCGUUUUUUUGGCGGGAAUUGUUUGGGGCGCGAAAAAUGAUGAUUAUCGAAGAAAAUUGAAUGCGAAUGACAAGUUUUUGGAUGAGUUGGAUAGUCAAGAGAUUUUGGGAAUCGCUGAACUUGAUACCAAUUCGGAGCAUUAUCGGAAAGAAUUUAAAAAUGUUGUGGACAAUACGGUGAGUUUGAUUUAUCGAACAUUUGCAGGAAGGGAACAACAUGAGCGCGUGGCCGAGUGGUUAGCACUCACGUCUUUGAAUUUUGAGGUCAUGGGUUCGAUCCCGCAUCGAGGCAAACAUUUUUAUUUUUUUUUAAAUUUCCAUUGUUCCAGGGCACAUUUCUUCCCGAAAUCACCGAGGCCUGCUAUAGAUUCCUCAGCACCAACCUAACCGAACAAGAAACGCGACUUUUGGCGGAUAUCGUCAGCCGACAGGAUGCGAUUGUUUUGAUGAGCCACGAACAAUUGAAAGAUGCCUAUACCAAUAUGAUGAACAAACUUUUGGCUGCCGCAAAAGACCAUGUUACAAUUGAUGUAGGUUUUGAAGUGAGAAAAAAAUAAGAUUUAAAAAAUUUGCAGAACAUUGAGAUUUGCAAAUAUGUGAUCACAAAACGACAAAUCAAAUCGUUCCGCGGAUUUUUCGAAUGGAUGGAUAUUUAUGAUGUGAGUUCUCCUAACUUAACCUAAUUUUUGAAAAAAAAACCCUUCAAUUUUUUCCAGCAAGAAGAAAUGGUGAAAUAUUACAAAAGAGGAGAAUGGGCUGAGUUGUUGAAUGCGAUUGUGGGGAAUUUGAACAAAUUGUACUACGAGAAAUCACAUUUGCUGCCGAAACAUGCGAUGAUUUUGCGCAAAUUGUGUACUGGAACAGCGAUGGUUGCGCUGAAGACUACAGAAGCUCAAGAUAUUGUAAGUUUGGCCCACAACGUUGAGACGAAACUUGCUUGAAGUUAGGAUAACUUGAUUUCAGUUCCGCAAACUCUACGACAACAACUAUUAUCGUGGCGCCUAUGAAUGGGUCACCUACAACAUCAACGCUUCUCACCAUCACAAUUGGCAUCAUGUUAGUUAGAGCAACUUGAUCUUCUAACAAAAUUCUGAAAAAAUAUUUAUUUCCAGGUUCAACAUGCUUAUCGAAUUUGUUUGAAGCUCGAGAGUUAUGCUCCAAGAGUUAUUAAUCGUCUUGAUGCGGUGAGUUAUGACGUGGCAAAAAUAAAUUUUCGAAUUUUUGGUGAAAAUUUGAGAUUUGGGAUCAAAAAUUGCAAUUUUUCAACCAAGAAUAGGUCUCGAAGCGAACACCUACAGUAAUCCUUUAAGAUCUACAUUUUCUAUAAAACUUCAAGUUUUUUCACAGAACCGUGAGAAAAUCCAAUUUUCUGAAAUUUUGAAAUAAUCUACAGUAAUUUAAUCUAGGUUACAGUAAUUUUAGGCUACAGUAAUAAUAGUUGGAAUGUUAACCAAGCAUGGGUCCCGAAGCGAACACCUACAGUAAUCCUCAAAAAAUCCCCCAUGAUCCAUUUUUUUUUUUAAAAUUUGAAGUAUUUUCACAGAACCGUGAGAAAAUCCAAUUUUCUAAAAUAAUCUAGGCUACAGUAAUCCUAAACAUCGCCUUAUUUGAAAAAAAACUUAUCUACAGUAAUCCAAAAAAAAUUUUUAAAAAUUUUCGAAAACUAUUUUUUUCCAAUUUUUUGAUAUUUUUUCCACACGAAAAUGAAAAAAAAACUAUUUUUGUUUUUUUUUCAAUUUUAAACACCCCAAAAGACCUUAUUUAGAAAACGAUCUACAUUAAACCCGAAAAAAAAGAAAAUGAGAAAUUUAGGCCUAAUUUAGUGCCCUAAAAAGCCCUAAACAUUCAAAUUUUGCAGCGCAACACAAUGAUCGACAUCCGCGAAAUUAUUCGACAAAAAAUGGAGACCCCAGAGCUGGCGAACAAAUUAGACCUUCAACAUUUGCUCGAUUCCCUCUACACUUAUCUCCAAAAAACUCCUCGCAAUGAAACCGGCGAAUUUGCGGAAAGUUUUGCCAGAUAUUGCGAUAAGAUUGUGGAUGAUCGCAAUGAAAUUGUUCGAUUCAGCAGUUUUCAUCAAACUAUUCAUCAGGAAAAGGCGGCUUUUGAGGAAAUUAAGGUGAGUUGGGAAGUUCAGCUAACUCUCCUACUCUGGAUAGUUAUGACGUGGCAAAGUAAUAUUUUCGAAUUCUGAUUUCACAGCGUUGUUUUGGAGCUUCCUAAACAUCACUGUGAUUUCAGAAUUCAAAAAUAUUGUGUCUGAAAUGAAGUACAGUAACCUACAUCUCUAAUUUUUUUUUGUAGAAAAAACCAUGGAAAUCUGAAAAAUAAGGUACAUUAAUCCCUUGAAUACAGUAACCUUUGAGACUAUUUCUCAAAAAUACAGUGAUAACUACAGUACCCUUUCUCAAAAUCAUUAACAAGUGAUUUUUGCUCAAAAACUGCCAUUUUCAAUAAUUUUGAAAAAUUUCAGAUAAAUUUUUAGCGCUAAAAUUCAAAUUUCUGAAAAAACUCGUAAAAUUGCUCAUUUUUGAUGAUUCAAAAAUUUUCAGCAAAAAAAUUUCAGCCAGAAAUUUCAAGUUUUGCUAUUUUUCAAAACUCACGAGCUCUUUAAAAAAAUACAGAACUUUUUUCUCUAAAAAAAACUUAGCUCUAGGAAUAAACAAGUUACAGUAAUCCCCUGAAUACAGUAACCUUUAAGAUUAUUUCUCAAAAAUACAAUGAUAACUACAGUACCCUUUCUCAAAAUUAUAAAACUUAUUAGUUACAGUACCCUACCGUAACUUUGCCACGUCAUAAAAAGUUACAGUAUGACCAGAAUUUUGAGGAUUACAAAAUUCGAGUAAAAAGAUCAAAAUUCCAGUGUCUCACCGAUCGUGCUCACUCGGAUUUCCACAAAAAAGUGACACACAGUGCAAGUGAGCUGCUCAACAGCCUCGAGCCAUAUUGUCAAUAUGGAAUUGAGCUCGCGUGCUCAUCAAAAUACGGAACUACAUUUAACGAACAUAAAUGGUUUGAGAGACCGUUCAACGAUGUGUUCUACAAUUUGGAUUGGGCCAAAUAUAAGCCGUGGGACACGAAACAUCAUUGGAAUAUUCAGAAAUUGGUGGAUUUGGCCAAGAAGUUGAAAUUGAAACAUUGA